UGGCCGCGGCGAGAAGGCCGGCGCCGGGCGGCGGCCGCAGUUCCCGGCGCGCGCUGGCUCCGGCGCCCGCUCCGCAGCAUGGCCGGCCUGGGGCGGCCGGGCCCGGGGCCCCGCGCCGCAAUGCCCGCCUGGAAACGGGAGAUCUUGGAGCGUAAGCGGGCCAAGCUGGCUGCCCUAGGCGGGGGCGCGGGGGCCGGGGCCGAGGCGGGCGCGGCGGAGCCCUCGGGGCCGGCGGCCGAGCGGCUCGUGCUGGCCGAGAGCCUGGGCCCGCUGCGCGAGAACCCGUUCAUGCGGCUCGAAUCGGAGCGGCGGCGCGGGGCGCGGCGCGGCGGGGGCGAGGGGCCGGCGGGGGCGCGGCCGGUGCAGCAGCUGCUGGAGCUGUACCGCCGCGUGCCGGGCGUGCGCACCAUCCGCGCCGACAACAUCCUCAUCAUCGAGUCGGCUCCCGGCUUCCAGCCUGCGGGCCCUGGCCCGGACCCUGGCCCGGACCCUAGCCCUGGCUCGGCCGCCCGCAUCCGCGCAGCCGAGGUGCUCGUGUAUGAGGCGCCGCCGCCACCCGGCCGUGUCAGCCGUCUGCUCCAGAAGUUCGACGCUCCGGCCGCGCCGCUCCGCCGCGGGAGUCCGGAACGCGGCCGCCCCCCGCCGCCGCACCCACAGCCCGCUCCCGGCCCCGCCGCCCCGCGCGUGGGCGAGCGCGCCGCCCGCUUCGAGCCCGAGGGCCGCGCUACAGGACCCGGGACGCGGCGCAGCGAUUUCCUGCAGAAGACCGGCAGCAACUCCUUCACCGUCCACCCUCGGGGCCUGCACCACAGCGCUGGCCCUCGCCCGCUCCCCAACGGGCCUGCGGCCCCCGAGUCCCGGGCGGGUGCUGCCAACGGCCUCGCGGGCUCUGCGCCUGGGCCGGGCGAGUGGAAGCCAAAGGUGGAGUCGGGGGAACACCCUAUCCACCCGCCCCCCAGCCCCGGGCCCCCCAGUGCCACUCCAGCCGCGUCCCUGGCCUUGCCCAUGACCAACUCUGCCAGUGCCACUGCCAGCCAGCGCCAGUGGGUCUCCGCGGCCACCAGCGCCAAUGACUCCUUCGAGAUACGGCCAGCCUCCAAGCCAGACAUGGAUCGAAUCCCCGCUGGGGACCUCCAGGCCCGGGCCCUGGCCAGCCUCCGUGUGAACUCCCGAAACUCCUUCAUGUUCAUCCCUAAGCGCAAGGCCUCUGGGGCCCCUCCUCCUGAAGGGAGGCAGGUGGGGGGACUGCCAGAGGGAGAGGUUGGCUGGGCCUCCCAACGCCUGGAGCUCGAAGCCCAGCUGGUGCCUGCAAGGGAUAGCGUGCCUGCUGGAAGGAGGAGCCCCUUGGGGGUCGACGAGGGGGGGUGCCCCAGGCCAGCUACCACCCUUGUGAACCAGGCUGUUAGGCGCCAGAGGCUGCCCUCACCACCCCUGUGUCCCUUAGCCGCUGCAGAAGCUAAGCCUGCCCAGGGCCUCCGGGUUUCCAGCUUGGCCAAGGAUGGUGGGGAGCCUGGGAGGCCAGGGUUGCCUGUCACCUUCAUUGAUGAGGUGGACUCGGAGGAUGAGGUCCCUCAACAAGCCAAACUGCCCUGCUCGGGAGCUGGGGGACCUCCUUGGUAUCACCCGCACCCCACCGGGCCUGGGCACCCAUCAGGGCUCCAUCACCGAGGUGGCAACACCUUCACCGUGGUGCCCAAGAGGAAGCCGGGGUCCCUGCAGGCCAACGGGGAGCCCGGGCCACAGGGGGCCGAGGAGGAGGAGGAGGAGGAGGAGGCAGGCAGCUUGUCAGAGACCCCUGCUGCCCUGGGGACCUCACUGAAGAAGCACUAUCCCACCGUGCAUGAGAUUGAGGUGAUCGGUGGCUACCUGGCCCUGGAGAAAUCCUGUCUCACCAAGGCCGGCUCCUCCAGAAAGAAGAUGAAGAUCUCCUUCAAUGACAAGCGCCUGCAGACCACAUUUGAGUACCCUCCUGAGAGCUCGCUAGUACAGGAGGAGGAGGCUGAGGCCCAGGAGGAGGACAGAGAGGAGGAAGAGGAGGAAGAGGAGGAGGAGGAGGAGUCCAGCUCAGAUGGGGUGGUGGAGAAGCCCUUCUCGCUGUUCCUGCCCCGAGCCACUUUUGUGAACAGCGUGGGGCCCGAGAGCCCUCACCUGCCGGACGGCAGCUCAGGCCUGUCCGGCUACACUCCAAAACACUCUGUGGCCUUCAGUAAAUGGCAGGAACAGACACUGGAGCAGGCUCCGAGUGAGGUGGAGCCCACACCCAAGGAGGUCAUGCUCACCCCUGCCAGUCAGAACGACCUCUCAGACUUCCGAAGUGAGCCAGCCCUCUAUUUCUGACCCCAGCCCUGCCAGGAUGGCCAAGGCUGAGCCCUGGGAGCCGGGCAGUGCCCAGAAGCCCGCCCUCGCUCUGCACCCCCCACCUCUCGCUGCCCUGUUGGGCUCUGCCCUGCCAUAUCCCACCCUCCCUUCCUGGGGUUGGCCUGAGCCUAGGGCGCCGGGGUCUCCUGCUUCCCUUGAGGCCGAGUCUCACUCUGCAGCCCUGGUUUGGGGGCACUGCCUGUGGAGGAUGGACAGGGUCCAGCUGAACACCAUGCCAGCAGGUGUCUGGUGCAUGUGUGAAGGGCUAGGUUGGCUGCCUGUCCUCUGUGGGACUUCCAGCCCUUCCCAGCCCACACCCCCCAACUGCAGACCUCAACUCGCCCUGUUUGUGAUGAACGGCAAGUUUUUUCUUGCCUCUAAUGAUGGAUUCAAUAAAUACCACUGGACACGGCC